AAGUAGUUGUGGUUCUUUUUACUGUCACUGGGUUCAGGGUUCAAUGAGUGAACCAAUGAAUUGGGACUGGGAGGAAACAUUGCUCGGCACUUUUCUCUCCACAUCGGUUUCUCUUGUUUCUGGCCGCCGUGUAUACGUGAACACCAUGGAGUCGGAGCUGGGAAAGUUUAUGUAAUUCCACAAACAGUUCCGCAACUAGAAAAAAACAGACGGACCACCAGCUACCUCUCUUCGGGUCCUUCUUCCGCAGUUACUGUCCCGGUCCUGGGUGUGCAGAGAUGUCCGAGAACCGUGGCUCGGCUGUCGGCCUUCUGUCUUACGAGACGCUGGUUCAUGCUGUGGCAGGUGCAAUGGGGAGUGCGACAGCCAUGACCGUCUUCUUUCCUUUGGACACAGCCAAAAGCAGACUGCAGGUGGAUGAGAAGAGAAAGUCUAACUCCACCCCUGUCAUCCUGGCCGAGAUAGCAAAGGAAGAAGGCCUUCAGGCUCUAUACAGAGGCUGGUUACCAGUCAUCUCCAGCCUCUGCUGCUCCAACUUUGUCUACUUCUACACCUUCAAUACGCUGAAGAAGCUGGCGGCAUCCGGACCAGGAAAGUCCACACCCGGCAAAGACCUGCUCAUGGGGGUUGUAUCAGGGGUGGUGAAUGUGAUCCUGACCACUCCCAUGUGGGUUGUCAACACUCGACUGAAGCUGCAGGGAGCAAAGUUCAGGAACGAAGAUCUCCAGCAGACCCAGUACAGGGGCAUAUUUGAUGCUUUCUCACAGAUCAUAGCCAAUGAGGGUGUGGGAACUCUGUGGAACGGCACUCUGCCCUCUCUCAUUCUCGUCCUCAACCCGGCUGUACAGUUCAUGCUUUAUGAGGCCAUGAAGAGAAAGGCGGGCAAGGGAGGGAAGAAGAUAUCCUCAGCAGAGAUCUUUCUCAUUGGAGCCAUUGCCAAGGCCAUUGCUACCACCGCGACAUAUCCUCUGCAGACAGUUCAGGCCAUCCUGAGGUUCGGCCAGUACAAAGGUGAUGGUAAGGGCGGGGCGUUUGGAAGCCUCUCAAACAUUUUCUCUCUACUAAUGGACAGAAUCAAGAAGUAUGGCGUUCUUGGUUUGUACAAAGGCCUCGAGGCCAAGCUGCUACAGACAGUACUGACGGCUGCCCUCAUGUUUGUCGUCUACGAGAAGAUCACUGCUGCUACCUUCAAAGUCAUGGGCCUGAGCAAGAAGCUUAAACAGUGAACAAACGCCUACUUGAAUACAGCACUGCAUUAGUACACUUGUCAAUAGGUUUGAUUUAUGCCUACCUGUAAUAUGUUGAUGCUAGGACUUGUUUCACUCGCAUUAAUGUUUUAAUAAGAGAUGGGAUUGGUGCCGUUUUAUUUAGGGACACACUCGCCCAAAACAUACACCCUAACCAGAGCUUGGUGUGAUACCUAUAAUUCCCUCUUUUUCUUAACCUUAACUGGUUCCAUUUGUGCAGACUGGCCUUUUGGACUGGGUUUUCUCCACUAGUGAAUCUCUGUUGAGAUGGUUAUAAGUGAUCUUACCAGCUGAGAUUUUAAAUCUAGUCUCUAAAGUAUCACAGUAUUUCGUAAAGGAAAAGACAUCAUAUGACGUUUUGGGAAAUAAGCAUAAUCGCUGUCUGUGCUAGAAAGCAAAUAAGCUUUUUUUCCCAGAAUGUCGAACUUUUCUUUUUUUAACAUUAGGAGCUUUCUGCAAUUGAUAAUACCAAUAAGGUGAGCUGUGUACUUAGGUACUGCCUCCAUCCAAGCCAGUGGACCAUUCUUCACAAACUCCGUCUUAUCUUUUAACUGUGAGUUUAACUGAGUUUGAUAGAAACCUCAUGAAAUUACUGCCAGAUGAAUGUUUUUUUUUGUGCUGACUUAAGAUGUCAAUAUUACACACAAAUUGGCAGUACUACAGUAACACAAUGAAACAGAGAAGCGCUCUAUAUCUUAAUAUAGACUGUGUAUAAAAUCUGCACUUCAAUUUCCAGCUCCUAAAAAAAGGUUUUGAUUUUAAUAAUUAUAGUAGAUUAAGUAAAAAUACAUUUAGGGAAUAAGUACUUAACACUUACUGAAAUAUGUAUACACUCUCAAACUGUGUUUUAAGUGCCGCUAAAAGAUGUCUGAAAAACUGCAAUAUGAAGUGAUAAAUGCUGUGAUGACUGAUUACCAAAAACCCAUGAUGCACUUAACUGUUUACCGUCAUGAUUGUAUUGGUCAGUGUGUACAUUUAGUCACGCAGGUGUUAUUUAUUUCAGUGUACUAGUUAGUAGUGCUGGGUUUUCAGUUGUUGCAGUACAAUAUUUUCUUCUGUAUCGAAGCACUCUUACGCCGAUUUGAGAAUGGAGGUUUCUGCUGCCUUUCACCUUAAAACCAUUUUCAAAGUUCAUUCACUCAUUUUUCUGCUGCUAAACUGGUUGUUUAAUCUAUUAACGUGAGUUUUAAUCAUUACCAAAGGUGCUGCUCUCAACAUUACUUACAUCUAACAUCACGUUUAGGAGAGGACAUUAUUUUGACUGUUCAUUGUCAUACUCAGUGCUAGUGGUGAAGCCUAGUUGCAACUAGUAAAGAGCCUGUCAAUUUACAAAAAUUAAGAAAAAAAAAAAAUAGAAAUUACAUUAUUUACCAGAUUUGAGUAAGCAUUAUGUUUGUUUUUCUUUCUCACACACCUGAUGUUCUCAGGUACACCACAUGAAGUAUGAUGAGUAAUGUUACUUGUUGAAUUCACAAUAUCAAAUAAAUGCAUAUUUUGAGUAAGGGAAUUAAAAUGUAGCUUUAACACAAAGGUGUUGAUGAAAAAA